CUGACAGUCACAGAAUGGAGAUGACUAUGUUUAUUCCACUGCUGCUGCUGAUCUGCUCUUUCUCCACGGCUCAGCUUCAAGAGGAGCCUGACAAUGAAAUUAUUCCACAUGGAAAACAGACUGAAUCCAGAGGAGGAGAACCAGCAAAUGCCUCUCAUCAACAACCAGCCUGUCCACAAGACAUUCAUGCUGUGCUGAGAGAGAUGACUGCCUUGUUGACUGAACAGAGGGUGGAGAUCAGGCAGCUACAGAGAGAAAAUGAAGCACAGACAGCAAAGCUGGAGGGACAAAAGACGGAGGUGGACAUCUUGAAGCAGGAGAUCAUUAAUUUACAGAGAGAUAAUGAAGCACAGGCAGCAAAGCUGGAGGGGCAGAAGACUGAGGUGGACAACUUGAAGCAGGAGAUCAGUCACUUACAGAGAGAUAAUGAAGCACAGGCAGCAAAGCUGGAGGGACAAAGGACUGAGGUGAUCAACUUGAAGCAGGAGAUCAGUCACGUACAGAGAGAUAAUGAAGCACAGACAGCUAAGCUGGAGGGGCAGAAGACUGAGAUGGACAACUUGAAAAAACAGCUACAAGCCAAACAGGUGGCUUUCUCUGCCUCUCUGUUGGCUUCAGGCUCAGGAAUAAUCGGGCCGUUUAACACACAGGCUCCUCUGGUCUUCAGACGUGUUGUGACAAACAUUGGAAACGCCUACAACCCAAACACAGGGUUUUUCAUUGCACCAGUGAGAGGAGCCUACCACUUUGAGUUCUCCAUAGGUGCAGGUGGACAUAAUUCUCAUGGUUCAGCUGCUGCGUUGUUCAAGAAUGGAGAGCAUAUUUUUAUUGCAUAUGAACAUCGAACUAACGGUUAUGGGAGUUCUGCCAAUGGUGCCACACUGCUUCUAGAGGCAGGAGAUGUUGUGUUUUUGCGUCUGUGGCAAAACUCAAGGAUAUAUGACAAUGGAAAUCACCACAGCACCUUCAGUGGUCAUCUGCUUUUCACCAUGUGAGAAAGAAACAGUCCUUUUUCUUCACACACUAUAGCAGUGUACCAGUCUUUGUUGACAGAAGCUGUUUU